AUAGAGAAUAGAGGAGCAAGAUGGCAACAUAUGGACGUUAUUUUCGAAAAUUUGUUCUGUUGCCACGUAGAAUAAACUGCGCAUUUGCUUCUAUCAACAAUCAGUCAUUUAGAAUUUUCAAUCAAGUAUCCCUCACUCGACUUUGCCAAGUACAAACGUUACAGAUAUCUUGUGCCCACAGCUCUGAUCAUAAAUCUUUCAAAAGUUAUAGUGAGGAAGACUGGAAAGAAAGACUCACCCCUGAACAAUAUCAUAUUUGCAGAGAAAAAGGAACAGAACCACCAUGGUCGGGUGAGUUGCUUGAUAAUAAACAAUCUGGAAUCUACAGCUGUGUUUGCUGUGAUGCUGAUCUUUUCGAAUCUUCCAUGAAAUUUAACUCAGAAAGUGGAUGGCCUUCAUUCUGGUCUUCCAUUGAAAGGGAACAAACAAGUGAAGAAAAACAGCGUGGACUCCCAAGUAUGAGUGUUGAUCAAGUUGUAGACAAGAGUCAUGGAAUGGUUAGAGUCGAAGUCCUGUGUAAACAGUGUGGAUCUCAUCUUGGACACGUGUUCAACGAUGGACCAAAACCCACUGGCCUACGAUAUUGUAUCAAUAGUUUAGCCCUUAAAUUUAAACCCAAUGCCACAGUCAAUGAUUAACCCGGUUCUGAUCAACAAAUAUGUUUAAAACUGUGGUCCUACAUGCAGUAUAUCAUUCGACGACACUGCCUUACUGGUCACUGGAUGAAAACAUGGCGUUAUUUGAGUAUUUUAUGUAACAUUGACCAAAAUUGCAACCUCGCUGAGAACGAAAGACCCGGUCGCUUGCCAUCAUUGUCGACUCAACAAUCUUGGUUGAAGUAGACGUAGAUAAGGGUUUGGAGUCGAAAUAGUUUGAAUUGGAAAUAGUUGAAGCGUAGAAAUCACCAAAUGCAAAAUUGAUGUUGCUGUAAAAGACGUCUAGUCAAAGCAUCCCACAAACCUUAUCAAUUUAUUUAAAAUAAAA